AUGCCCGACGAUGGUGUCAUUAUCUUGAACGGACCUUUCGGUGGUUCCUGGCCAGUACAACUAUCUCGAUCUACCUGCGGGAUAUUUCUCUCGGAAGGGUGGAAGAAGUUCUAUGACGAUCACGCUUUGGUGCAGUACGAUUUAGUUUUGUUCAAGAGUGCCAGAGAUUCGACGCUCGACGUGCAAAUCUUCGGUGAGAAUGGGAUUGAGAAGACAAAGGAUCAUCCUCCUGUUGAAGAAGUUCCGGUUGUGAAGAGGAAGAGAGGUAGACCGCGUAAAAAUAAAGAUGCUACUAAUUCCCCACAACUUGUUUCAGGACUUGAAAAGCCUCAAGCUGAAGUAUCUGCUGUGAAGAAGCAAAGAGGUAGGCCUUUUAGGAACAAAGAUGCAAAUACUCCUACUUUUGUUAUCGACUUUAGUACUUAUUUCUCAGCAUAUCCUGCAUUACCUAUUGACGGAAUUGAAAACCCUGAAGAACAUGUUCUUGCUGUGGAAAAAAAGAAAGGUUCAACCUUUAAAAACAAAGAGACUUCUAAUUCUACUUCUAUUGCCGACGGCAACACUAAUUCCUCAACAGAUCCUAAACAACCGGUUGCAGGACUUCAAAACCCGCAAGCACAAAUCCCCAUGAUUAUGAAAAAGAGAAUUGGAACCUAUAAAAUCAAAGACGUUUCUAAUCCUACUUCUAUUGUGGAUGGCAAUACUAAUUGCUCAGCAGAUCUUGCACCACCGGUUACGGGAGUUGAAAACCCUGAAGCACAAGAUCCUAUUGUGAAAAAGAAGAAAGGUAGACUUUAUAAAAACAAAGAUGCUUCUAAUCCUAAUUCUAUUGUCAAUGACAACACUAAUUCCUCAGAAGAUCCUGCAUCGCCUGUUGCAGAACUUGCAAACUCUCAAGCUAUAGUCCAUGUUGUGAAGAGGAAAAGAGGUAGACUCUUUAAAAACGAAGAUACUACUAUUCCUAUUUCCUAUGUCCAUCGCGAUGCGAAUUCUUCAGCAGAUCUUGCACCACCUCUUGCUGAAAAAGGCCCUAAUAAUGAUCAACAGGCCAUGGCUACCCCUUCAGAAGCCAUGCUCUCCAGCAGGAAAGGAAAAAUUUUAUCUCGAUAUGUUGAAUCUUUAAUUGAGGAGUAG